AUGGUCAGCCCAAAGCUGAGGGAAAAGUUGCAACUGUACAUCUCUGCGUCAAUACAUACAAUCACAGUCGUUCUACUGGUGGAAAGACAAAAGCAGCAAAGGCCAAUAUACUUCGUGAGCAAUGUGUUGACUGAGGCAGAAAAAAGGUACCCAUUGGUAGAGAAGCUGGCUUUCGCAGUGGUCACAACAUCAAGGAAACUAAAACCAUAUUUUGACGCGCACGUAAUACAAAUCCUCACAAAUUACCCACUAGAAAAAGCGUUACAGAAAAUGGAUACAUCAGGCAGACUCCUAAAGUGGGCAAUUGAACUUUCUAAGUACGAAUUCGAGGUCAAACCUAGGGCAGCCAUUAAGGCACAAGCCUUAGCGGAAUUCAUAGUGGAAGCCUCCUAUGAGGAUAAAGAGGAUGAUAUUCGGGUCUGGAAGGUGGAAGUUGAUGGGUCCUCAGCCCAAACGGGAAGUGGAGCAGGAGUCAUAAUGACAUCUUCAGAGGGAAAUUUAUUCGAGUACUCCAUAAAGUUCAAGUUCAAAGCAUCAAAAAACGAAGCAGAGUACGAAGCAGCGCUGGUAGGCUUGCGUAUGAGCAUUGCAGCGGGAGCCAGCAAAGUACAUCUGCAAACAUAUUCUCAUCUCGUCGCCAGCCAAUUGCAGGGAGCGUACGAGUUUAGAGAAGCCGCCAUGCUGAAAUAUGUAACUAAAGUAAAGGAGCUGGCAGCCCAGCUAAUCCACUUUCAAAUAGACUUAGUUCCAAGUGCAGGAAACUCCCAGGCUGACGCUUUAUCUAUGUUAGCAAGUUCCACGUUACAGAGCCUCACAAGGACAUUGAUGGUUGAGGUCUUGGAGGAAAGCAGUAUUACCGAAAAAGAGCAGCUGCCUGAUGACGAAGUACAUGCUAAGAAGGUGAAGAAGGAUGCCAAUUGGUAUGUGGUGAUGAAUGGGGAGCUCAACAAGAAAGGCUUUACAAAACCACUGCUGAGGUGCAUCCUAGAGUGGGAGCAGGAAGGCAUUAUGGAAGAAUCCCACUCGGGAAUAUGUGCUAACCACAUUGGUGGAAAGGCGUUGGGAGUAGAAGUCCUCAGAAGGGGGGCAUACUGGCCAACUCUCACGCAAGACGCGCUAGCAUAUGUGAAAAAAUGCGACAAGUGUCAAAAGUAUUCACCAGUUAUAAACAAACAAGCAAAUGAUCUAACUCCAAUCCUCAGCCCGAUCCCGUUUCCUCAGUGGGGAAUGUACAUAAUAGGACCUUUCACCACUGGGUCAGCGGGCAGGAAGUAUCUCAUCGUGGCAGUGGAUUACUUUAAAAAGUGGAUAGAAGCUAAACCCACUAAGUACAUAAAGGCAGCCCAAAGUAAUGGCCAGGAAGAAGCAGCAAACAAGCUGAUCCUAACAGGCUUGCAAAGGAAGCUGGAUGAAUACAAAGGCCUAUGGGAAAACCUAAUCCCAGAGGUCUUGUGGGCGAACAAAACCAUUGAGAAGGAGUCCACUGGUAAAAGCCCUUUCACCCUGGCCUAUGGGGCUGAUGUAGUCGUCCUAGUGGAAGUGCAAAUUCCCUGCCUGAGGAUACAGCACUAUGAGCAACAAGGAAACGAAAAGCGCAUGCUAGAAGAGCUAGAUUUCCUACCAGAAGUAAGGCUAAAAGCAGCUCUUAAGCUGGCAGCCCAGAAGAGCAGGAUUUCAAAAGCAUUCAACAAGAGGGUCAAGCAUAAAGAGCUCCUGCCCGGAGAUUUAUUCCUUAGAAGGACAACAGCAGUGGGAAGAGGAAAUCAGCACGGAAAGUUGUCAGCAAACUGGGAAGGCCCUUUCAUCAUUCACGAGCAGGUUGGACCUGGGGAAUUCCUCCUCGCAGAUCAAGAAGGUUAG